AUGUCCAUCUCAACCUCUUUCGUCUACGCCGCGUUGGCGCUAUGGGUGGUCAAAAGACUUGUAGACCAUGCCUCUAAUAGGAAACGGGCGCCAUACCCUCCUGGUCCCAAGCCUUUGCCCCUGAUCGGAAAUAUGCUGGACUUUCCUUCAAGUAGUCUAGCGCAGGAAUAUGUGGAGUGGGGGAAGAAGUACAAAAGUGACAUUCUUCAUGCAGAAGCUUUGGGGAAUCAUGUAGUCAUUCUUAACAGUCGCGAAGAUGCGAUUGCCCUGCUCGAGCAACACGCCAAAUUGUACUCUGACAGACCACAGAUGCCCAUUUUUCCACUAAUGGGAUGGGAAUUUAAUGUUGCCUUGCUGCCUUACGGAGAUGAAUGGAGACAACACCGGAGGGUCUGCCAGCAGAAUUUCAAUCCUCAAACCGCUCGAAAAUACGAGUCGCUUCAGAUGGAGAAAGUGCGCGGAUUCCUUCAGUCCCUUAUUGAGACGCCCGAACAAUUUGACGCCCAUAACAAAGUGCUUUCGGUGUCACUGACGAUGAACAUGAUGUAUGGAUAUGAUAUCAAGUCCAUUCAUGACCGAGUUAUAGAAGUAGCAGAAGCCGGAAAUGUCAUUGGCUCCCGCUUAAUGGCCCCUGGCGGAAGCCUCAUUAAUAUAUUUCCCAUCCUUCGGCACAUUCCUCCAUGGGUCCCUGGUGCUACGUCUCACAAAGAAGCAAAGGAAGUCAAAGAUCUCACCGCAGAAAUGAUGAGAAUUCCUACAGAGUUUGUGAAGAAGAGCCUGGCUGAAGGAACUGCGACUUCGUCCCUAGUGACAGACUUCUAUGAAAAGAAAUACUCUGUCGGUGCGACAGAACAAGAAGAAGACAUUAUCAAGAAUAUCGCGUACACAGUAUAUGGUGCCGCUUCAGAUACGUGCCUCAAAAAGACAAUUUCCUCAUCUGGGACGUUCUUCUGCCAAAUGGCUCUCCAUCCCGAGAUUCAAAGGAAGGCCCAAGAAGAACUUGACCGCGUGGUAGGUUCAAAACGUCUUCCGACGUUGGACGACCGCAAGUCAUUGCCCUAUCUCGAAGCCAUAUACCGAGAGUUAUUACGGUUUAAGCCGCCAUUGCCCUUGGCCGUUCCUCACUCGCUUUCUGCAGAGGAUCAUCAUUACAAAGGUUAUUUUAUUCCAAAAGGUACCCUCGUGUACCCGAACAUAUGGGCCAUGACACAUGACGAGAACGUGUAUCCAGACCCGUUUUCGUUCAAGCCUGAGCGAUUCUUUGACUCGAAUGGGAAACUAAACGAUGACGAUAGAGUACUUGCAUACGGGUUUGGACGCAGGAUUUGUGUUGGAAAAUCUAUUGCGAGUAGCACGCUAUGGCUUCAAAUAGCAUCAGUGCUCGCAUGCUUUAACAUUGAGAAGGCCAAAGAUAAACUUGGUAAUGAGAUAGAGGUUGAUACGUCCUACGAGGAGAGCGGAUUACUCAUGCGUAAACGUGAAUUCGAGUGCUCUUUCAUUCCGCGGUCUUUCGCCAUCAAGAAAUUAAUUCUUGAGGCAGCUUAG